AGUUGCCAGAACAAAAAUGUGUACACAUGGGACAUUCAGGCCAUCCUCAAAGAAGCUGGCCUUGAAGACCUCCUCCAACCUUUAUCUGAUGUCCCAGCUGAAAAGUCGGCGAUGAAUAGCGAUGCUGCUCGGCAUCCACCUAUUCAGGUCCGUCGAAUACCGCCAGCCUUUUUUGAUGGCGUACACAAUGGCGCUCAGUCCUCUGCAGCACACGGUACACAUCAUUGUUCUCCCGCCCGCAGUACUCGAGCACCCCUUCUCGAACGCUUAUCAUCCCUCUUCCACCACUCUCACUGGAAUACCGAUGGUGCAACCGAACUUCAGCGACGCCCAAGGCGGUCCAUAUUCUCUCGUGGUCCUCGUAUUGUUGAUGUUGCUACAGUACAGGACAGAAAGGUAUUUCAUACAUUUAUUUGCAAUCACACUGGUUCAAUAAUUCUGUUCAGGCAUUGUAUGUUGCUCCGCGGCCACGACAGCAGCAGCAAAGGCCGUUGCAUGGCCAGGGCUCGUCGCAAUCUCAGCCUACCGCCACCGCCACCACCACAUCUACCACACCUGAUCAAGGUACUAGCACUGCCGCACCAGGUGCAGCAACCGCGCAGUCACCACCUAUCCCAUUGUGGGUUCGUUUCGUACUGUUUCUUUGCUGCGUAUCUCCCCCGUACGUCAAUGGUCAUUAAUAUAGGAGCAGUAUAUGUACAAUCAUCUUAUCCUUCGCGUCUUCUACUAUUCCAUCAACCUUGUUUCCUCGUCAUGAGACUCGUGCUAUCAUGCUAGCAGUCCUAACAAGAACAUUAUACUCAUUCUCAAGCUUGGAGUCCUGGCACGUGACAGGCAUGCGGGGCAGCAGUACGUGAAAACAAAUC